AAUUAAUGGGAAUCUGGUUAGAUGGGAUUCGAACUGUCGAAAUUACUAAUCAAGGUUACAAACAACUACGUACACAACCUCUCAUAGUUAGUCUCAAGAAAUUGCAUAGUGUUCAAACUAGCAAUUUGGAUUUUAUAAAUGAG